AUGUGGCACACAGGCCUUGUCCCGUCGUCUGUGCCGCCGUACGUGCUGACCGUCGAAGUUUGCGGGCGCCCCAUUUCCAUGGAACUGGACACGGGGGCCAGUGUGUCGGUCAUGGCUGGCAAACUUUUCAAAAGGACCUUCCCCGGAGUGGCCGUCGAGGCUUCAGGCGUCAUGCUGCGGAGUUACUCUGGAGAGCUUUCCCAGGUCGAAGGCCAGGCCCAGGUCAGCGUUCGUUUUGGCAACAGGGAAGCAACCCUUCCUCUGUAUUUGACCAAGGGGUCAUCACCGACGCUGCUCGGCAGAAAUUGGAUUUGCGCACUGGGUGUUCGGCUGCCAGAAGGCCAGGAAGCAGCCCUACAUGGCUUACAAGACAUCCCGAGCCUCCUAACAGAUUUCCAGUCACUGUUCCAGCCAGGGGUGGGCACAUUUGCCGGUACGACUGCUGGCAUCCAUGUACCCGAGGGAGUCCGGCCUCGGUUUUUCAAGCCUCGCCCGCUGCCGUUCGCACUGAAGGACGGGGUAACCCAGGAGCUGCAACGGUUACAGCGAGAAGGCAUCCUGGUACCAGUUAAGACUGCGGAGUGGGCCGCUCCCAUCGUUCCAGUCCCCAAGCGAGAUGGUAGUGUCAGAAUCUGUGGGGAUUUCAAGGUUACGAUCAACCCCGUCGCUACCGUCGAAAAGUACCCCCUGCCUAGGAUUGAAGAUCUCUGGUCGGCUUUGUCUGGUGGCCAGAAGUUCACGAAGCUCGACCUCAGAGACGCGUACCAGCAGUUGGUGCUCCAGGAGGCCUCACGGAAAAUCUGCACAACGUGCUGGCCCCGACUUCAGGAUGCUGGUCUCAAGCUCAAGCGGGAAAAGUGCGUGUUCAUGGUUCCCAGUGUAGAAUACCUCGGACACGUCAUCUCCCAAGCCGGCCUGACUCCGGCCCCCCGCAAAGUUGAGGCUGUUCUGAAGGCGCCGAAGCCCCGAAACAAGAAAGAGCUGCAAAGCUACCUUGGUCUCAUCAAUUUCUACAGGAGGUUCCUGCCCAACCUGUCUGCGCAUCUACAGCCACUGCACAUUCUGCUUCGAGAUGGCCAGCAUUGGGUGUGGAAGAAGGAGCAGGACGUGGCCUUUGAGCACACCAAGCCUGUUGUCCUUACUGUAGAUGCAUCACCCUAUGGUGUAGGAGCCGUCCUAGCGCACAGAGACAAGGAUGGCCAAGAACGCCCGGUGUCGUUUGCUUCUCGACGUCUUCACACAGCAGAGCAGCGUUACAGCCACCUGGACAAGGAAGGCCUCGCCCUCAUGUUUGGCGUCGAGCGUUUUCACCAGUACCUGUGGGGCCGAAAGUUCGAGGCAGUGACGGACCACAAACCACUGCUGGGGCUACUGGGGCCAGACAAGGCGGUCCCCGUGCAGGCAUCACCUCGAGUGGUACGAUGGGCCUUGAAGCUGGCGGCCUACAGCUACCAGUUGGUGUACCGUCCGGGAAAAGACCUGGGACCUGCCGAUGCCCUGAGCCGGUUGCCGCUGCCAGAGGUGCCUGCUGCUGUUCCAGAGCCAGCUGAAGUGCUCAUGCUGGAGCAUGCGUACCCAGAGGUACUCUCCAGGUCUGCUGUGUCGCAGGCGACCAGUCGGGACCCGGUCCUGUCCCAGGUGGUGAAGGCAGUAUCCCGAGGGGAGGAGUUGGUGCAGCAGCCCUACAGCCACAAGGCCGCUGAGCUGAGCCUGGAGCAGGGCUGCCUACUUUGGGGUUCCAGGGUGGUGAUCCCACAAAGUCUCCGGUCCAGGGUCCUGCAGUUGCUGCACGCGGGGCAUCCUGGCGUGGAAAAGACAAAGAUGGUGGCCCGGUCCCACGUUUGGUGGCCUGGACUGGACCAGGACAUCGCUCACAUGGUGCAGAGCUGCCAAGUCUGCCAGGAACAUCAACGGGCCUCGCGUCAUGUGGAGAUCACCCCAUGGCCAUUCCCACAGAGGCCCUGGUCCCGCCUUCACGUGGAUUUUGGGGGCCCCUUCAAAGGCCACUACUUCCUGGUGGUAGUCGACGCAUUUUCAAAGUGGGUAGAAGUCCUACCUGUCACCACUCCGUCAGCAGGUGCGACCAUUGCAGCACUUCGGCAGGUUUUUGCAGCCCAGGGGCUGCCGGACAUCAUAGUCUCCGAUAAUGGGCCCGCUUUCGCCAGCGCAGAGUACCUGGCCUGGCUGACAAAGAACGGAAUCCGCCGAAUGAUGGUUCCUCCGUACCACCCUGCUUCAAACGGUGCAGCUGAGCGGGUGGUGCAGACUAUUAAGGACAAACUUAAGAAGAGCCAGGCUGGGGAUUUCCGUACGCAGGUCGCCCGCAUACUCUUCCAGUACCGGACUACACCUCAUGAUGUCACCGGCCGUGCCCCCUGUGAGCUUCUGCUGGGACGGAUGGUGAAGACACCGUUGGACAUUCUGCAUCCAGACCUCCGGUCUACGGCGCUCCUCAAACAGCUGAAGCAGAAGCUGGCUGCUGACAAAGGGUUGCCGUCCCUUGGCCAUUGCCGGAGCCUGGAGUGCCAGUAUUCGCCAGGAAUUUCCGUUCUGGCCCACCUUGGUCUGCUGGACAAGUGGUCUCGCCUGCAAGCUCCUCCUCUCUGCUCGUACGAAUGCAGGAUGGAACCACAUGGCACCGGCAUGCUGACCAUGUGA